UCUCUGACAGACCUUUUGUUUUCAUUCAUUUCCCUCUCCAGCAUUUAAAAAAAAAUCCUCUCUCUAACAGGGCACUUCGCACCACUGGCUUCUCUGUCGAUUUCUCCUGAUAGAUAUACUCGAUUCGCACUACAAAUAUGAUGAAGUUUUUUAGCAGAGGUGAUUCGCCGCAGACGCCGACGCCGUCGAUUUCUCCGUCUCCGCAAACUCCAGUUUCAGCGGCGACUAGUAUGACUACCGGGCCAGCGAGGCCGAUUCGCCUCGUAUACUGUGAUGAAAAAGGGCGGUUUCAAUUGGAUCCGGAGGCGGUCGCGGUGCUUCAGCUCGUCAAGGAACCCGUUGGUGUAGUUUCCGUCUGCGGCCGUGCUCGCCAAGGCAAGAGCUUCAUAUUAAAUCAGCUUCUUGGCCGGAAUAGUGGAUUUCAAGUGGCGUCAACACAUCGUCCAUGUACUAAAGGUCUUUGGUUGUGGAGUGCACCUCUCAGAAGAACUGCACUUGAUGGAACAGAAUACAAUCUUUUACUCUUAGACACAGAAGGAAUUGAUGCUUAUGACCAAACUGGAACAUAUAGCAUGCAAAUUUUCUCUUUGGCAGUCCUCUUAUCAAGCAUGUUCAUCUACAAUCAGAUGGGUGGUAUUGAUGAGGCUGCACUGGAUCGCCUCUCUCUUGUAACUGAAAUGACUAAGCACAUUCGUGUCAGAGCCUCUGGUGGAAGGAGUACAGCUUCAGAACUUGGGCAAUUCUCUCCCAUUUUUGUGUGGCUUCUAAGGGAUUUUUAUUUGGACUUGGUUGAAGAUAAUCGCAAGAUCACCCCGCGUGACUACCUAGAGCUUGCUCUGAGGCCAAUUCAAGGUGGCGGAAAGGAUGUAGCUUCCAAGAAUGAGAUUCGAGAGUCCAUUCGAGCUCUUUUCCCAGAUAGAGAGUGCUUCCCGCUAGUUCGGCCCCUGAGCAAUGAAAACGAUCUCCAGCGACUCGAUCAGAUUCCAUUGGACAAAUUAAGGCCCGAGUUUAGAUCCGGCUUAGAUGCUUUAACAAGAUUUGUUUUUGAGAGGACAAGACCCAAGCAAGUAGGGUCAACAGUGAUGACAGGGCCCAUUUUUGCCCGUAUUAUUCAGUCAUUCCUAGAUGCCAUUAAUAAUGGUGCUGUGCCCUCAAUAACCUCUUCCUGGCAGAGUGUUGAAGAAGCUGAGUGUCACAGAGCAUAUGAAUUGGCCACCGAAGUCUACAUGUCUGCAUUUGACCGUUCCAAACCUCCAGAGGAAGCUGCACUGAGAGAGUCGCAUGAAAUUGCGGUUCAGAAGUCAGUGGCUACAUUUAAUGCUACUGCUGUAGGGACUGGGUCAAUUAGGCAAAAGUAUGAACAGCGUUUCCAGCAUUUCUUAAAGAAGGCAUUUGAGGAUAUCAAGAAGGAUGCUUUCAGAGAGGCUUAUAUGCAAUGUUCCAACACUAUACUUAACAUGGAAAAGGAGCUGAGAUCAGCUUGUCAAGCUCCUGGUGCAAAAGUAGAUAGUGUUUUCAAGAUUCUUGAUGAGCUUUUGUCGAAAUAUGAAGCCACUUGUCAUGGACCGGAAAAGUGGCGGAAAGUAGUCACAUUUUUACAACAAAGCUUGGAAGGUUCACUUCUUGACCUCAUCAAGAAACAAAUAGAUCAGAUUGGAACAGAAAAGAGUUCUCUGGCUUUAAAAUGCCGUUCCAUUGAAGACAAAAUGACUUUGCUUAACAAACAACUAGAAGCAAGUGAGAAUUACAAGUCGGAAUAUUUGAAUCGCUAUGAAGAUGCUAUCAAGGACAAGAAGAAGCUUGCAGACGAUUAUAUGAGCCGUAUAACCAAUUUGCAGAGCAAAUGUAGUUCUUUGGAAGAAAGAUGCUCAAGCGUAUCAAAGACACUUGAUACAGCGAGGCAAGAAUCUCUUGAUUGGAAAAGGAAAUUUGAGCAGCUUUCAUCAAAGCAGAGGGCUAAGGAAGAGCAGGAUAGUGCAGAAAUAACAAUGCUCAGGUCCAAAAGUUCUGCUGCUGAAGCAAGGUUAGCUGCAGCUAAGGAGAAAGCUCACUCAGCUCAAGAGGAGGCAGAGGAGUGGAAACGGAAAUAUGAUGUUGCUGUUAGAGAAGCAAAAAAUGCUCUUGAGAAAGCUGCACAUGUUCAAGACCGUGCAAACAGUCAAGCACAAGUAAGAGAAUCUGCUCUAAGGGCUGAAUUCUCCAGUGCUCUUGCAGAAAAGGUGAAAUCUCUCUCUCUCUCUCUC